AUGGGGAAUAAAUUAAAGGGCACCAAGCGUCAAAGUGAUAGAGCCGUAGCUAGUCCCAGCACAAAGAAGGUGAAGUUGAAUGACUCGAAGUCAAAAGUUGCACAAUUAGAAUCAGAACCUGAUUCAAGUAGUGAAGAUUUAUCAGUAAGUGAGGAUGACCAGGAAUCAGCGAGUAAUUCAGGCGCAUCGGAUGAUGACGAAUUAGACGAUUUAGACGAGGUUGAGCCAGAUGAGGACGAGUUGGAUGACCUCAAUGAAGUUGAAGUAGGCGAUGUUGAAGAGAAAGAAAAUGCAACAAAAUCAGUCGACCCAAAUAAAAAAACAUCAAGAGAACAACACUCUGAGCAAAGGAAAUUACUAAGUGAUAGAAAAUUACAAAGAAAAUCCGGCGCCAAGGUGCAAGAUAUCAAGAAAUUGUGGGAGAAACUUAGAGUAAAACAUCCGGCACCAACAAAAGCACAACGUGAUAAGUUAUGUGACGAAAUUUGGGAAUUGUCGCAUGAUGUAAUAAACGACUUGGUUUUGAAACACGAUGCAUCAAGGGUAGUACAGACAUUGAUCAAGUAUUCCGGUAAGGAAAGAAGAGACAAAAUUGUGGAUGCAUUGAAAGGCUCUUUUUAUCAAUUAGCCACUUCAGCAUAUGGUAAGUAUUUGCUCAUCAAGAUAUUGCACUAUGGGUCAAAGGAGUCUCGUGAAGCUAUUGUUAAUGAGCUACAUGGUAAGCUUCGUAAGUUGAUGAGACACAGGGAAGGCGCAUACGUUGUUGAAGAUUUGUUUGUGUUGUAUUCUACAGCUGCACAAAAACAGCAAAUGAUUAGGGAAUUUUGGGGAAGUGAAUAUGCCGUGUUUAGAGAUUCCGGCAAGGGCAAAACAGUUGUCGAUAUUAUCAAAGAGUCUUCGGAAAAGAAACAACUCAUUAUGCAAAAUUUGUACGGAACGAUUAAAGCAUCAGUUGAAAAAGGAUCAACUGGUUUCCAAAUCUUGCAUGCAGCAAUGAAAGAAUAUGUGAGUGUUUUGGUUGAAGAUAUCGACGCCAACGAUUCGGCCAUUAGGGAUUUCAUUGAUUUAUUGAGUGAACAAUUUGCCGAAUUGGUGCACACUCAAGAAGGGUCAGAAGUUGCAUGCUGUAUAAUUGCCUUGGCGAAUGCAAAGGAAAGAAAAGGUAUAAUUAAGAGCUUGAAAACCCAUAGACAAGAAUUGAUCAAAAAUGAAUACGGAAAUGUUGUCUUGAUUACAUUAUUUUUGGCUGUGGAUGAUACUGUAUUAACCUACAAGUCAUUUUGCAGUGAAAUGUUUACUUCCGAAGAGCUCCCACCAUUAGUGCAAGACAAGUUUUCCAGAAGGCCGAUUUUGUAUAUAUUGCGUGGGUUGGAUGGUAAAUAUUUUUCUCCAAAUGUCAAACAAGCAUUGUUGAAAUAUCAAGACUUGGCCUAUGCCAAGACAUCGAAAAAGGAUAAAGUGAUAAAAAGACAAGAGUUGUUUGACAAAUCCAUUGAACCAAUUUACAAAGCAUUGCUUGAUAGUCGUGAAAGUGGUGAAUUUGAUAAAUUAUUGUCAGUCAAUAUUGGUGCUCAAUUUAUCACUGAUCUUUUAACAAUUGCAACCACCAAUGAAAAAGUCAACUCCAAGUAUAGACCGCAGUUGUUGGAUACAAUUUUCAAUAAAAUCAUAAAGGGAGAUAUAUUGGAAGAUUACCAUUUGUUGAACAAAAUUCCAUUUAUGUCGAGAUCAAUCAAGGCAUUGAUGCAUGGAAACCUCUUCAAAUUUGACAAUGAAUCUAAAAAAUUGAUCCAAGUUGAAGGUGCAGGAAACAUACCUGGAAUUGGUGUUGACUUUGCUGAAAGGGCAGUUGAUGAGAUUUUGAGUAAUGACAAGUUGAUGGAUUGGACUCGUGGUCAACCGGCUUUUGUGUUGGUUGCAGCAUAUGAAGUUUUACAAUUGGCCAAUUCAAAACAGGCCAAAACAUUACAACAACAGUUGAAAAAGGAGAAAAAGAAUUUAUCCAAGGAAGAUAAAGGUUCAAAUCUUUUAUUAGAACUUAUAUAA